AAUGAUCGUAUUUUAAUGUUUUCAUACCUUUAAAACCAUACCGCGAUAGUUUAAUAUAUUCCUAUAUCAUAGCCGCCAAGGUUUACUAUGUUAAAGUAAAGCAAUACAAUGUCAUGUUGAAAACCACCUGUGACAAAAACGUUUGAAAAAUUGAUUUACGUUGGAAUUUUAGCGGACGUUUCUCUUCGAUUAUAUUAAUUUGAUGGUGUCUUAACGUAUUUGAUGCAUUCUGUAUUUAGUUAAAACUGGACUAUUUGAGAGGGAGUUAAUACUACAGGGUCGGAGAGAGGCUGAAGGUCUACAAUGUUUGCAUCAAUUGAACGAUGAAGGUUAAGAAAGAAUGAGACUGCCUGGACAUUUGGAUUUAAUUUUAUUUAUUUUAUUACUGGAUUUAUGCAUUUCUUACAUACAGGGUGAAUGUUUACAUAAUGGACGAACUUACUUAAAACACACAGUGUGGCAGCCGGGACCAUGUACUGUAUGCACAUGUGAGGACCCCAUAGUUUUGUGUGAAACAAUCAGGUGUACAGACCCACUCUGUGACUAUGACAAGGGAGAAUAUCUACAGAUUUCUGCAGACAGUUGUUGUCCUGAGUGUGAAGCCAAAUUAUCAUCAUGUACAUAUCAACAACAAAAUAUACCUCAUAAUACAGAGUGGAAUCCAGAGCCGUGUGUGAGCUGUCGCUGUAACGACGGGGAAGUCGACUGUGCCAAAUUACCAUGCCAUUCAAAAACAUGUAAACCAGGGGAGAUUAUCCAGAACCUUCCGGGACAAUGUUGUCCGCAAUGCAUUCCUGCAGGCAGGCCAUGCAUGUAUGAUGGGGAACAGUAUCCUGACGGUUCAGACUGGGAGAUUUUACCUUGUACAAAAUGUGUGUGUGCAGAUGGUCAACAUUCCUGCUAUCCUGUUGAUUGCCCACCAGUUGUUUGUGCUGAGAAUGCUGUGUUGGAGACAGUAGCUGGAACAUGUUGCCCUGUAUGUCACAGUCUCAAUACUACCUGUAGAGAAGGUAGUGUAGAGUAUAAGACUGGUGAGCAGUGGAACAGAGAUCCGUGUACGUUAUGUGUAUGUAUAGGUGGUACCGUGGUAUGUACAGUGAAAGAAUGCAUGGACCUCAUGAUCUGUAGUGGGGGUGAAGUGAGAGUGACAAGACCUGGUGAGUGUUGUCCGGAAUGUGUAUCGAAAUCUGGUGUAUGUAGUGAUGUAGAACCAGUCCGGUACAGUGGAGAUAUAUGGAACACAACAAGUUGUGAUUACUGCAUUUGUAACGAUGGGGAAGUGCAAUGUUAUACUGCUGUGUGUGAAAAUAUUGUCUGCUUUAAGGAAGAAGUGCUGGUCCACCUUCCAGGAACAUGUUGUCCACAGUGUAUCAUCCCUCCUUCAUGUGAAUUUGCUGGACAAGUUUACCCUGAUGGUGAGAGAUGGAUGGCCGAUGAUUGUUCUGUAUGUAUUUGUGACUCAGGGAAAACCAGAUGUUAUACCCAGCAUUGUCCAGUCUGUCCAGCAGCAACAAGGUCUAUAGCUGAACCAGGAGAGUGCUGUGGUACCUGUCAAAAAGUUGAGUGUAGUCCAGAAUGUGCAGACUGUCAGCCCUCUGCACCAGACAACUGUACAGUGUGUACCAAUACCAAGCUGUUUGUACAAGAUGGCCGCUGCUUGCAUACUUGUAGAAUGGGAUUUUACCCUUCACCAUCAGGAGUGUGUACACCAUGUCACGAUACCUGUUACACCUGUGUAGGUGGUACCCAGUAUCACUGUGAAAUGUGCCAGCCAGGUCUGAUGUGGAAGCAUGGGGAAUGUGUCACACAGUGUGGACUUGGAUAUUACCUGCAGAAUGGUAGAUGUCUAGAAUGUGCACCAUCUUGCAAGAGUUGUAAUGGACCUCGUUCUGACCAGUGUAUCUCAUGCACGAACCCCGCCCAGGUUGUAUUUCACGGUGAAUGCCUUGACAAAUGCCCGGAUAACUUCUACAUAAGAACUGGAAAAUGUAUAGCUUGCCAUCCAACAUGUAAGACUUGUACACCAGAUGGGUCUGCAUGUGACUCUUGUUGGCAAGGCGGGUACCUACAUCUUGGACAGUGUGUUACCAGGUGCUCUGUUGGUUUCUAUGCCAACCAGGAUGGGUCAUGCUCUCCUUGUCACCCGGCUUGUGAAUCAUGUAGUGGGGGUUACAGUAAGAAUUGUACUUCCUGUUACCCUGGUUCCCGGAUCAGUAAGAAGGGCAAAUGUAGAAGUCUGUGUGAGAAGGGAAAGUACAUGUCUGUAGAUGGCACUUGCAAGGAUUGUGAGGUAGAUUGUUCCGAGUGUCACGAAGCGUGGAAUGGUGGAACUUCUAUAUGUAGUGCUUGUGAAGAACGAGACCUGUUGCCCUCUGGUAGCAAGUGCAUUGAAAAAUGUGGCCCAGGACAGUUCCAGGAGUUCAAAGUUUGCAAAGAUUGCGGUGAAAACUGUUUGGCUUGUACUUCUCCAACUGGAUGUACCAAAUGUGGGGGUAACAUGUUGUUAUACAAGGGACUGUGUGUGGAACAUUGUGCACAGGGUCAGUUUGAAGAUGGAACAUCAUUGUCAUGUAAAGAUUGCAGUAAGGACUGUCUACGGUGUUACAGUGAGGAAGAUUGUAGUGUGUGUAACAGUGGGACAUUUCUUAAGAACGGUUACUGUGUAACAGAAUGUGGGCGAGGCUAUAUGCCAAACAUGGAAACAAAAGAAUGCCAACGUAACACUGAAGCCCCAGUGUUUAAGGUACUGAACCAUGUACAGGUAGAGGACGGAGGUAUUACACCACUACAUCUUGGACUCUUCUACAUCUCCGACACUGACACAGACCUAGAGAACCUGUAUGUUGUCAUGGUAACAUCACCAACUAAUGGAAACCUUGUAAAGGUCAUUGAAGGCAAGGAUGUAGAGGUCACAGUAGGCGUAAAUGUCAGUGUGGCUGACCUGAUGAUGGGCAAGGUCAGGUUUAGACAUCAUGCUGGGAAAGCUUUCAAAGGAAAAGCAACACUACAAGUGACAGACUCGCAGUUAAAUAGUCACCAAGGCUAUCUAUAUUUCAAAGCCAUUCUGCCAUCAGCUAUUGCCAUAGCGACCAGGUCAUUGCUGAUAGCAACAAAGGCUGAGGUGACCUACAUUCAGUCUGAUGUCCUAGAUCUCACUUCUCUUGAAAAUCCAGAAAGUGUUAAACUGACUGUUUUGAAAGGUCCAAAAGAGGGUACAUUGUACAACAAAAAUCUUCGUAUACCUAUUCGAAUGUUCACCCUUAGUGACCUCAUGUCAGGGGUCAUAGGUUACAAACAUAAUCCAGAAGGUAUGAGUGGACAAGAUACUGUACUCCUGCAAGCUUCUGAUGGCUUCCACCUGGUCACGUUCCUGUUCUAUAUAGAAGUCAGGGAAAAGGAAAAUCAGGGCCCUGUGUUGAUGCACAAUAGAGUCGGUCAUGUUGUUCUAGGAGAAAAGUUACAGAUCUCUCCUGACCUUCUACUGGCCAAGGUCAUGACUGGUCAUGCUGGUUCCCGGAGAGAGGAAGUUGUUUACACACUGGUUCCCCCUCUCAAUAACCCAUCAGCUGGUGAGAUAAUGAUGGUGGUACCGAUACCACCAAGUGGGGUCGGACAUGGUUGGGAGGACCUUGGAGAUGGUAACAUGGCUGCCAGGAUGACCAGGUUCCUUCAGAGAGAUAUAGAUGAGGGCAGGAUCUGGUACAAGAACAAAGGAACAGCAGCACUCACUGAUAUCAUCAGAUUUGAGGUAGCAGACAUGGAUUCAGCAGUGGGUACUCUUACAGAUCAAACUUUUAAGAUCACAGUGAGAGAAAAGAAAAAUCCAGGACCCACAACUCAUCCAACACUGACUAAUGGUGCCACACUAGGAAUAAGGGUGAUGGAGAAGCAACUGGUUCCUAUCACCAGUGCCAGUCUGAAUUUUGUAGACCGGGACACAGGUCCUGCUGGGAUUCUCUUUACAAUAACUCGGCCAUUGAGACCACAAGAUGGUAUGGUAGAGCAUAUGGAACGACCUACACAGGCGUUGAAGAGUUUCACUCAAGAUGAUGUAAACAAUAACAGGAUUAUUUACAGACCACCACAAACUGAACUCGGCUAUAGAGAAAGGGAGGUCUUCUUCUAUUUCACAGUGUCAGAUGAAGAGGUGGGUGUACCAGUCCAGGAGCAUAAAUUCUCCAUUAUUCUGGUACCAGUCAAUGACAAACACCCCAGAUUUAUGUCAUCAACUCCCAGGCUUCGUGUGUCGCAAGGUGGAAACAUUCCCGUUGGUCCUUCCGUAGUGGGUGUGACUGAUGAAGAUACACCCAAGUCUGACCUUACAGUGACCUUGACCAGAGCUCCUCAUAAUGGCAAACUGGAAAAAGUUGAAAAAGGGCUUAAAGCAACAGUAAGACAAGGGGAUACAUUUACCUACUCGGAGAUAGAGUUGAACGUGUUCCAGUACCAGCAUGAUGGCUCUGCGGGCCUAUAUGAUACCAUGCAGUUGUCUGUCAGUGAUGGAGAGCAUUCUACUUCUACCUCCAUAGAUAUCACAGUGAUGAGAGUGGACCAGUCUGCUCCAUACAUGUUGCCGUCUGCUACCUGUAGACUGGUUGUCAGAGAAGGAACAUCUGAGGUUGUAACUAGACAGAUCCUUGCCUUUACUGAUAGUGAUGACGAAGACUUCAGCCUUAAUAUUAUGCUCACCAUAGAAACUACUCAUGGAAAAUUGUUGCUUAGCAACCAGCAGGUCUUGAUUAGAGAUGUUUUUACACAGACAGACAUCAACAACAAACAGCUGAGUUUUCUAGCUGAUUCUGAGAUAGGUGACAAAGCUGUAUCAGAGGUUCUUACCUUCAAUGUAACAGAUACAAGUGGGAAUGUUCUCCCUAGUCAAACUUUGACUGUACUCAUUGAACCUGAUAAUAACCUUCCUCCAAGGGUCAAGGUCAUUUCUGGGGUCAAGGUUCAAGAAGGAGGACAAGUUACUCUGACCUCAGAUAACCUUGAAGUAACUGACCCUGACACUAUUUUGGAUGACCUCAUUAUCGUCAUAGAAACACAACCAGGAUUUGGGGUCAUUAAGGACAUUGCACCAGUGGAAGGAUCAGAAUUAUUGGAGGAUAGACUGGUUUCCUCAUUUCCUGUAUCAGAUCUCCUCAAUAACUAUAUAAUCUAUGUCCAGUCUGAUAACUUAAACAAGGAACCAAUCAGGGAUAGCUUCCUGUUUCAUAUUGAAGAUGGGAAGAACAGAUCACCAUCACAACGUUUCAACAUCACAAUUAAGCUUGUAAAUGAUGAGGCGCCAAAGGUUGUGACAGAGCAGGUGUUUGUACAGGAAGGCCAGCAGAUCCUGGUGACCAAUGCCUCUGUAUAUAUCACUGACCUAGAUACACCAAAUGACCAGAUUCUCAUAUCAUUACAGAUGCCUCCGGAACAUGGAACUCUGAAAAGGAAAAGUUCAAGGUCACAGUCUGUGAUGAGUGCAGUUGUUCUAAAGAAAGAUUCUGAAUUCACAUACAAGGGCAUCUUGGAAGAGUUAAUUCUGUAUGUACAUGAUGGUGGGGAAGUAACAGUAGAUUCGUUCUCGCUAGCAGUAACCGAUGGCAACUUUACUGAUACACAUAGAGUACCUGUAAUUAUAGGACUGAUAAAUGAUGAGACACCCAGGGUAACGGUGAAUAGAGGUCUGAGGGUCCAUGCAGGGACAACAACAACUAUUAGGCCAGCUGAUUUGAGGUCAACGGAUGUUGACUCCGAUGACUCCUAUCUAAUAUACACUGUGACAAGAGAUCCGAGAAUUGGCGCUAUCUACCUCACUGCCAAGGGCAGGCAACUCCCGGUCACCAGUAGAGGACCAGUCAAAACAUUUACACAAGCAGAUAUUGAUAAUGGAAAUGUUGAGUACCGUCAUGUUAGAGGUGAGACGACAGGAAACAUUGUGUUCAAGUUCACAGUGUCUGACCUGGAAGGAAAUGAUCUAAUUGACCAGGAUUUCUACAUUACCAUAUUAGAUGACCGCUCACCACCACGAGAGUUAGCUAAUAAAGAGUUGGUUGUGAAGGAGGGUGGAAAAAUGACAGUUACCACAGAGUACUUGUCCUUCACAGACGAUGAUUCAGAACCCGCUACACUACUCUAUAUACUGAUUGAGAAACCAGAUCUUGGACAUUUUGAAUUAACCAGGAAUCCAGGUAAAGCAGUCUCGGAGUUUACCCAGUCCGACAUUGCUGGCAGUCAAGUUCAGUACGUACACACAAGUGAAUCUGAGGAACAUCUAGAUUCCUGUAUGUUCUCCAUUUCUGACGGGACCAAUGAGGUUAUUCGUAAAUUCACCAUACAGAUAAGCCCUGUAGAUGACUCAAUUCCUGUUGUAACAAAAGGGAUUUUAAGGGUCCAAGAAGGGCUCAGGAAACUGAUAACAGAGUUUGAUCUGAAAGCUUCAGAUGAGGAUACAAAGGAGGAUUCACUUGUUUUCACCAUCACAAGACCUCCUCGCCAUGGAUCUAUACAGCAUCUGACUGACUCAGAUUGGAAAACAACAACAGUUUUCUCCAUGACUGAGAUCUAUGAAAGUCAUGUCUGCUACUUACACAAUGGAAGGGAGACAACCAAAGACAGCUUUAAGUUUACAUUGUCUGAUGGCAGUAAUGACAGGUUCUCUAUGAUACCAGGGGAUGGGCGUGGUCAGUACACAGUCUCUCAGUCACAACCCCAGGUGUUUUCUAUUGAGAUUAUUCCCAUGGAUGAUGACAGUCCAGUGAUUGAGGUUAACAAAGGUCUGCAGUUCCUAGAGGUACUGGGUUCAAGUUCAGGAAAUAUCAUAACAGCUAAUGAACUAAAGGUUACUGACCUAGACACUCCUCCUGACAAACUCAAGUUUGUUGUGCGAUCAGUUCCUCAGUUUGGAAGACUGGAAAAAACAACAAACCCAGGAGUUGAUGUCCUCACAUUUACUCAAGAGGACAUAGACAAUUCAGUGAUUAGAUAUAUCCUGACUGCUCAGGGAGCAUUUUUUGAGGACAGUUUUAUGUUUGACAUUUAUGACAGCCGACCUAACCGUAUCCCUGGUAACACAUUUCAUCUGACUUGGUCAACUGUAGAAUUUGAACAAGCAUUGGUCAAUGUUACAGAAACUGCUGGGAUUGUUCACAUUCCUGUUAAAAGAAGGGGCAGUCUGAAACAUUAUUCAAUUGUGACUUGUCGCAGUAUUUCGGGUACCGCUACCACUAGACAGCAGGGAACAAGGCCAGGACAACAGGAUUUUGUUCCACAUCUUGGACAGGUUCAGUUUGAUGAGUGGCAAGAUACUAAAAUGUGUACCAUAAUCAUAAAUGAUGACUCCAUAUUUGAAGGCCGGGAAACAUUCUAUGUUGAACUGAUCCAGCCUACAUUCACUCUGCUAGGAACCAGACAGAAAACUACAGUUACCAUAGUUGAUAUGGAAGAUGAACCAGUUCUGCAGUUUCAGUACCCAGAAUACCAUGUAAAUGAGAGUGAAAGUUACCUGUCUGCUGCAAUUAUUAGAACAGGGGAUAUCAGCAGUACAGUAUCCACUAUCUGCUACACAAGUUCCCUGACAGCACGAGGCAGUCCCCUUGAUAGACUAGACUCUGGCUCUGAUUAUAUAUCAAGGGGUAACUCUAACUCAUACAGAGUUAUCUUUCCUUCAGGAAUAACCAAAGCUACAUGUGAUGUCAAGAUGAUAGAUGACAGUAUAAAUGAAGCAUCAGAACAGUUUGGACUGGAACUAGCUCUACCAUCUUAUGGUGCCAAGUUAGGACCAGUCUCUCAGGCUACAGUCAUAAUUGAUGGACCAAAUGAUGAAUCUGUGAUACAUUUUUCCCAAACAUCGUACAAGUUUGAUGAGAAUUCAGGGACAGUUGAAGUAGAAAUCAUACGUGAAGGUUCUGACCUGUCCCAUACUUCUACAGUAUGGUGUGCAACUCGACUCACCAAUCCACCAUCUGCAGUGUCAGGACAGGACUAUGUUCCAAGUUCAAGCCAGAUUACUUUUGGACCUGGACAAAAAUCUCAAAAAUGUCACCUGACCUUGCUGGAUGAUGACCUUGACCCAAAAGUAGAGGGAGAUGAAACAUUCAGUGUAUUCCUGAGUUCUGCAGUGAGCAGUAGCCUUGUUCAACCAUUUACAGCAAUUAUACAUAUCCUCGAUACACAACUAGAUGUGCCAACAAUGAGCUUUCAGGAAGAAUCAUAUAAAGUGGAUGAGAGUAAACAUAUAUAUGAUGUUCCAAUAUAUCGAUCUGGUGAUACGAGUUUCGAAUCUUCUGUAAUAUGUUACACAAGACAAAAAACAGCAGCGGUCAUGGUGGAUUAUAUUGAACGGACAUUAUCAGAAGAGUCAAGAAUCGUUUUCAAAGCUGGAGAAAAGAUAAAGAACUGCACAGUUGGUAUUGUGGAUGAUGACAUGUUUGAAGAUGAUGAAAUUUUACACCUGAAACUUACACGACCCCUUGGAACAGAAAUUGUAGGGGCCAAAAUAGGAGACAUCAACUCUACAGAAAUAACAAUCACAAAUCUGGAUGAUGUUCCAAGGAUCCAGUUUGAGAAGUCAGCUUACAGUAUACCAGAGCCUAGUGCCAAGGAUCAGAUUGCCAUGGUAACGGUCAAGGUCAUUAGACUUGGUGAUGCUUCCAAGGUUGCUAAUGUCAGAUGUAGCACGAGAGAUGGGUCCGCCUUCUCCGGAACAGACUAUAACCCUAAAAGCCAAAUUCUCCAGUUUGCAGAAGGUGUUAGAAGUUUGGAUUUCACCAUAGAUAUCCUGUAUAACAGUGAUAUAGAGUGGCAUGAGACAUUCAGUAUUGUCCUUGGUCCUGGGGAUCCUGUUGGAGCAGAACUUGGAUCAGUUUCCAUGGCAACCAUAACCAUCCUCGACAAUGAUGUAUCUGGUAGUCUGGUGUUGCCUGCUCCACCAGUGGUUGUAUCAUUACUGAAGUAUGAUGAUGUAGAAGCUGGAAUGAAAAUUGACCCUACACCUGGUUAUCCUCUAGUCUGUAUAACACCCUGCAGCGUGCACCACCCAACCUACAAAAUGACACACAGUCUAUGUGAAGAGGCCAAGAUAAACCAGUCUGCCAUGUUUUAUAGAUGGGAAGUUGCUAUUCCUGACAUGACUGGAACCAGACCACCAUUCAUCGAAGUCUCCUACAACACACUCUUUACCAGUGUCAAUCACAUGGUCCUUGACACAAUAUAUUUCCGCCCAAGUUUCAGAGUUCGCUGCAUUGCUCAGCCUCUUGAUGGGAGAGGGAACCCUGGGAUACCGUUGAAAAGUAACCCUGUUAUGAUUGGUCGAGACAACGGUAUUUGUAAAGCACCAGUAUUCUCAGGGCUGCCAUAUAGUUACCAAGCUCAGUCAUUCCAUGCCAAACUUGAUUAUGUUGGUACAGAGGAUAAAAUGCAUCCAAACACUGUACACAUUACGAUAAAAGUUCCUCAUCAAGAUGGUAUGCUACCUCUUAUCUCAACAUCACCGAUUAGCAACCUUAAAUAUGUGCUUUCUGAACCAGUUUACAGACAGCAACAUAUCUGUUCGAACUUAAUUACACCAAAAGAAAGAGCUCCACUGUUAAAAGCUGGAUUUUUGAAUGGACAAGAAAACUUGCCAAAAUAUUUGUCUGCAGGUUUUGAUUAUCCCUACCAGUUUGAUGAUAAUCUGCGGGAAAACAAGACAUUAAUGUUGUACAAGUAUUUAGAUCUGAAGAAAUGUCUGUGGACAUUUGAAGCUUGGUACCACAUGACUGACCUUGUUGACCUCUGUGGAGGACGUGCAGUGUCGGAUUUCCAGGUCAAGGACAUAGGGCAGACGUACCUGACAGUGAGGGUACCACUUUAUGUGUCAUACCUGUAUGCUGUGGCUCCCAUAGGCUGGGGUUCAUUGGAGCACAGGACUGAACUGGAGUUUUCGUUCUAUUAUGACACUGUGUUAUGGAGGUCAGGGCUGGAGACAGAGGGUGACCUUGGUGGAAGGUUACAGGUCAUGAGAAUACUGAUUGAUGAUAAUGGUAGACUGGUUGUCGACUUUAAAACACAGGCAAAAUUUAGAGGGAUGUAUGUAUUAGAUCACCACACUUUACCGGGCUACACCAGUCGUUUUGUGUCAGUAGACAAGGACAUUUCAUUUGACCUUGACCUUUUAUGGGGUCAAAACACAUUUGAUGGACCUCAUCAGCUCUGGAGGGCAACAAGUGACUACAGCCUGAAGAAUUAUUCCAAAGUAAGCAUAAUUCCUAAGCCGAAUUUUUAUACACAGAUACUAAUAAGAAAUGUAAUUUUGUAUAAAAACUAGUAUUUAAUCAUGAAAAUAAUUUUGAUGGUAUUUUUUAGUAAUCAUAACUUUUAAAUUGAUAUAAAUCUUAAGUAUACAAGUACUUUCUUUAUUUCCAAAGACCUGCCUUUGCUUGAGCUGUUGGCAGACAGAAUGCAUGUGCAUUCAGAGCUGGAAUAAAUUGCUGGCAACACUAAUUACCCAACCCAUUCAUGCAUGUUUCAACCCAGUUGCAUCCCAGUCCAGUACUGAAGUACAGAACCAGUUCAGUUUGUUCAUUAAACUUCAAUACUGUCUACCUGAUCUGUAACAGGGAUUUUUGUGAAUUGCUGCUUUACUUUGCAAGGCCCAGAUAAAAACAUGUCCAUCAUUCUAAAGGUCUCAAAAGGUGGUAGAAGGAGUAGGAUCACUUUGAAUCAUUAAAGUGUCUUUAAUAAGGUCAAUUUUAUGACCAAAAAUGUAUUUUUAUACUUCCAUCUAAAAGAUGGGUCGUAUAAUGGGAUAUGGGAUUAUGGGCAGGUGGGUGGGUGGCAUCCACAAACUUUGUUCGGAGCAUUUCUUCUUAAUGCAAGGAGGGAUUUUGAUGUAACUUGGCACAAAUGUUCACCGUCAUGAGAUGGAGUGUCAUGCACAAGAAUCAGGUUCCUAGGUCUAAGGUCAAGGUCACACUUAGAGGUCAAAGGUCAAAUUCAAGAAUGACUGUCUGGAGCAUUUCUUCUUAAUGCAUGGAGUAACUUGGCACAGUUAUUCACCGUCAUGAGACAGAGUGUCAUGCGCAAGAACCAGGUCCCUAGGUCUAAGGUCAAGGUCAACUUAGAGAUCAAAGGUCAGAUACAAGAAUGACAACUUAACAAGCUCUCGACGGGCGUAUUUUGUGACUAUGGCACCCUUGUUGACAAUAAAUUCAAAACUAGUCAAGAUAUUUUGAAAAUUUAAGAAGUUCCUUUCAUCAGCUUUAGAGUUCUUUAGAAAAAUAUAUAAAAUCAAUGGCAUCUUCUUACAUUUUAAGAGAAAUUAAGGAAAAUCUUUGUUAUGGAAAAGGCAGAUCAGACGAUAAUGAAUACUUCUAAGUCAGUCAUUGCCACAUUCUGCUUCAAAUAAUUUCUGAGCUCUUGUCCUUCUCAGAUAUUCUUUGCAAUCAAAGACAUUUCAUUAUAAAAGUCCCAUAAAUCCAUAAAGUUUGAUUAGAAGGAAGGGUUAACUUGAUUAUGUAGGGAAUAUUAAUGCUUGAAGCGUAAUGUAACAUCUUUUAUGACAAAGCACAUGUUGUAUAUAUGCUCUAUAGCUAUACAUGUACAACACAUACAUGUGUUAGCCUCAGUAAAGUAUGUAUUUUAUUUGCAGUUUGCAAAGUGUCAUUUUGGACUGACUUAAGGUAGUUCUGCACAUUUGGAUUGAAACCUUUUCUACAAUGUAGAACUUGAUUAAACUCUGAUUUUUCAGAACUUUAGAAUAUAUCUAGAAAAUUCAGUAAAUAAAAAAGAUAGGGUUGUGUGCUUGAUUUUUUGCUAGACUGAUUUGAAAAAUAUGGACCUCGUGCAAUAUUUCAUAAUGGGAGUCUAUGGGAAAAUCAUAACUUUCAUAACAUUUUCGCGAAUAGAAAUUUUUCUAAAAUGUAGAUUUUGAUGAAACAUCUCACACUUGUAAAUAAAGACAUGGCCUAUUAUUUGAUGAAAUAAAAUGUAAAGGUCCAUGUGCUUAAAAAGAUAUUUGACAAUGAUUAAAGUGAACCGGACAUUUAACACACAUUUUAAGACAUAAUUUUUAAUUAUUUAAUGUGUCAUAUGUUUUUAUACCAUAUCUUGACUUUAGAAAUAUAGCAACAGUGCAGUUGUAAUAAAUUUACUCACAGGUUGCAAUUAAUUCACAAAAUGAUUCAUUUCGAAUCCAGGCUUUAUUCUACGUUUUCCAGAUAUUGAUGACGUUAUGCCAUCACUUCCGGUUUGUCAAACAUGCAGAACUACUUUAAGUCUUUUGAAUUAGCGAAGUAUCUGAAUAACAUAACUGAAAAAAUAAUGAAAACAUCAAAUUCAUGCAGAGUAGUAAGUCAUACAAACAGAAUAUUGAUACAAGAAUUUGGAUUGUCCAGAAUGAUACUGACCAGACAGUAGAAACUAACUACAGUUACUGACCCUGCACUUUUUAAUGUUGCUAUAUUUGUCUGCUAUUUAUCAUUGUAUUAUUCUUUUAAAAAUCAAUUUGUUGAAGAUAACUGCAGAAGGUUAAAAAUCUGUUGACAUGCUUGCGGCUUCUAGUCAGAACCAGUUAACUGUUUUACAAAGGAUUUUUAAGGAAAAAAGUUACGAGGUCUGAAGUCAGCUACCUGAAAAAGGGCAAGAUUCUGCAUAGACUGACCUUGGUGGUUGACCAAAUAGGGGUUAUGUUUAAAAUCAGUUGUUGAAACUCCAUCUUUCUUUUAUUUUCCACAUUUAUCAUGAAAGUCUGUACCUGUUUACUACUGUGACCUGAUUAUAGGGGUACUGGUAUAUGAACAUUUCAAAUGGAAUAUUGUUAUAUGAAUACUGGUAUAUGUAAAAUUCAAGUUGUGAAGACAGGUCAUGUAAUGUAUAUUGUGAAAGGGCUUGUACUUGUACAGGCGUGCACAGGCUGUGUCUGACUUAUACAUU